UCUCGCCCCCUCUCCCUAUCCAUCCCAUCCUCUCCCCCGACCCCGCGCACCCGCGGCAGCUCCCCCCUCCCGCCAGAGAAGCCGCCUCCAUGGCCUCCCUCGCCGCCGCCUCCGCCUCCACGGCCCUCCUCUUCCCGCCCUCCACCUCCUCCUCCAAGCCCCGCCUCCCGCUCUCCACCUCUCUCGGCUUCUCCGCGCCCGCGCGGUCACGCCGCGCGGCGGCGGCGGCGGCCGGGAGCUCUGGCAGGCGCCCGGGGCUGCUCGUCGUGCGCGCCGCCAGGGGCAAGUUCGAGCGGAACAAACCCCACGUCAACAUCGGCACCAUCGGCCACGUCGACCACGGCAAGACCACCCUCACGGCCGCGCUCACCAUGGUGCUCGCCUCCGUCGGGGGCAGCGCGCCCAAGAAGUACGACGAGAUCGACGCCGCCCCCGAGGAGCGCGCCCGUGGUAUCACCAUCAACACCGCCACCGUCGAGUACGAGACGGAGACGCGCCACUACGCGCACGUCGACUGCCCCGGCCACGCCGACUACGUCAAGAACAUGAUUACCGGGGCCGCCCAGAUGGACGGCGCCAUCCUCGUCGUCUCCGGCGCCGACGGGCCCAUGCCGCAGACCAAGGAGCACAUCCUGCUCGCCAAGCAGGUCGGUGUACCCAGCAUUGUUGUUUUCCUCAACAAGAAGGACCAGGUCGACGACGAGGAGCUGCUCGAGCUCGUCGAUCUCGAGGUCCGCGAGCUUCUCACGGCCUAUGAGUACGAUGGUGACAAUGUGCCAAUCGUCUCCGGCUCUGCACUCAGGGCGCUCGAGGCCCUCAUGGCCACCCCUGGCCUCAAGCGUGGGGAUAACGAGUGGGUGGAUGGCAUCUUCUCCUUGAUUGACUCCGUGGAUACCCACAUCCCUGUCCCGCAGAGGCAGACCGACCUACCCUUCUUGCUCGCUGUUGAGGAUGUCUUCUCCAUCACUGGUCGUGGUACAGUUGCCACUGGCCGUAUCGAGCGUGGCACCGUCAAGGUUGGGGACCCAGUCGACCUCGUCGGCAUCAGGGAGACUCGCAAUGCCACGGUCACUGGUGUUGAGAUGUUCCAGAAGACCAUGGAUGAUGCCAUUGCUGGGGACAAUGUUGGGCUUCUGCUCCGUGGUAUGCAGAAGGAAGACAUUGAGAGAGGCAUGGUGUUGGCAAAGCCCGGUUCCAUCACGCCACACACCAAGUUUGAGGCUGUUGUGUAUGUGCUCAAGAAGGAGGAGGGUGGCCGGCACUCCCCAUUUUUUCCUGGUUACCGUCCGCAAUUCUACAUGCGGACUACUGAUGUCACGGGGAAUGUGACAAACAUUAUGAAUGACAAGGAUGAGGAGGCGAAGAUGUGCAUGCCGGGUGACCGUAUCAAGAUGGUUGUGGAGCUCAUCCAGCCCGUGGCUUGUGAGCAGGGAAUGAGGUUUGCCAUCCGUGAAGGUGGCAAGACCGUCGGUGCCGGUGUCAUCAAUAAUAUCAUUCAGUAAAGUGGAUGGAGGAUAUCCACCGUGAGAAUUUUCCUCAUUUACUCUUUUGCGAAAUGCUAUGUAGUUGUUAUUAUGCAUUUAGGGAAGGCUCUUGUGAAAUUGUAGUAUGGCACAUUUUUCUUCAAGUGAAAUUGCAUACUUUGUAGUAUUCACGACAAAGAUACAUCUUGAUCUGCCAUCUGUCGUUAUGUCCUUGACUGUUGGCCGUUUUGUUUUCCUCUUGUUGAUAUGCUUGAAGAUGAUUCAUUAUUCA